UAGUUGGCUACAGUUACUGACUUGCAGUACACAUUGAAUUUCCUAGUUAUUCAAAAACUGGUUCACGCAAGUACCCCCACUUCCAACUUCAUCGACGAAGCCCGCCGUCCACCGCCGCAUCUCUUCGCCUCCAAUUUCUCCGGCAGCCGCGCACAGCUUAACCUCCACUACUGGAAGCAUCGUUUGCACAACAAGCUCAUUUCUUGCACGGCUCUGUUGCAGCGCCGUGCGCAAAGAGGAGAGAGAAAGAGAGAGCUUUAUUUUAAUGGCGCAGCAGAAAGCGGAGGAUGCAACGCACCCUUUUAAGAAUCUCUACAGUAGAGAAUAUCAGGGUCACAAAAAGAAGGUGCAUUCAGUGGCUUGGAAUUGUAUUGGAACUAAGCUUGCCUCGGGUUCGGUUGAUCAAACAGCUCGAGUUUGGCAUAUUGAACCUAAUAAUCAUGGAAAGGUAAAGGAUAUUGAAUUUAAGGGGCACACUGACAGUGUGGACCAGCUUUGUUGGGAUCCCAAACACGCAGAUCUACUUGCAACUGCAUCAGGGGAUAAAACAGUUCGUUUGUGGGAUGCUCGCAGUGGGAAAUGCUCACAACAAGCAGAACUUAGUGGUGAAAAUAUUAACAUUACAUAUAAACCUGAUGGGGCACACAUAGCUGUUGGAAACAGGGAUGAUGAACUAACAAUUCUAGAUGUUAGAAAAUUUAAGCCAAUUCACAGACGGAAGUUCAAUUAUGAGGUAAAUGAGAUUGCAUGGGACAUGACUGGAGAAAAGUUCUUUCUGACAACUGGAAAUGGUACUGUUGAAGUCCUUGCAUACCCCUCUUUGAAGGCACUUGACACCCUUACGGCUCACACUGCUGGUUGCUAUUGUAUUGCAAUUGAUCCACUAGGAAGAUAUUUUGCUGUUGGAAGUGCUGACUCAUUGGUCAGCCUUUGGGAUAUUAAAGAGAUGCUAUGUGUUCGAACAUUUGUAAAACUCGAGUGGCCUGUCCGAACAAUAAGUUUUAAUCACACUGGAGAGUAUAUUGCUUCAGCCAGUGAAGAUUUAUUCAUUGACAUAGCAAGUAUUGAAACUGGACGAUCUAUCCAUCAAAUACCUUGUCGGGCGGCAAUGAAUAGUGUUGAAUGGAAUCCAAAAUCAAACUUGCUUGCAUAUGCUGGAGAUGAUAAAAACAAAUACCAAGCCGAUGAAGGUGUUUUCCGCAUAUUCGGGUUCCAGAGUGCUUAGUGUUUGCAGUGCGACUGUACGAGGUUUUAGUAUGCUCAAUUUCCUUUCCCUUGAUAGCAUUCUGCUGAAGUGUUGGUGUGGAAUGAGACAUGCGUAUGUUAGGUGGAUAAUUUAACUAUGCUAGAUUGCUAGUAAUGUAUUCCAAUUCGACCAAUAUUAAAGAGAUGGAGCAGUAGCUGUGGCAAUCUGUGUAGAGGCGGGCAAUGGAUUAUUCAAAUGGAAAAAUCAAUCAAUUUUAAGUAUGAUUUAAAUCUUCAGAAUUAGUCAGAUUUGGUUCCAGUCUACACCCUUUUGAAAACUCCCCAACUAUGCUUUUCUGAGGGAUGCAUGCUUGAGAAAAGAAAGAGGACGGAUGAAGAAAGGAACAUCAAUCAGAGACUUGAGCAUCAACCACUAGUGUUUAACUAGUUAUGGCUGGCUAAAUUUUAUUAUAUGUUUCCAAUUUGAAACAAAUAUUAUUGUUGAGAAAUUAUGUAGGUAAUUUUGCUCCGAAAUACACUUGAAAUAUUCCGUUCAGAAGUAAUACAUUCUGAACUUGGUAGGAUUUUGUUUAUUUUGCAUAUUGCAACUCAUACUUGCACUUCCUGUGUUUUUGUUAAUUGCAACCCUCUUUAGUAUGUUGUUUAGUAUCAAGUUUUAAGUUA